AGGGGAUGUACAGUCUAACAUGGGUUAACUGGAGGAAAUUAAGAAAAAGAAAAUUUGGGCUGCCUAUCCUAAUAGUGAAAUCUGUUGUAUUGAUAAUAGAUGUGUAGCUCCUUUCAUCUGAGCUUUGUUAAGGCCAGUUCCCAGCUGGUGUCGUUCAAUGUAGAGUAGUUCCAUCAACUUCAGUGGAGUUAUGCAGACUUUCAACAGUAAUGGAUCUCAUCCUUAGAACUUCACAACACCCCAGUGAGGAUGUCCAUGAGGAACCCUGUUUCUCCCCACCUGGAACUUGAUGGAGCCGGGAGCAUGGUGAACUGCACCAUCAAGACGGAAGAGAAGACAGAUAGCUGCCAUGAGUCCCCUCAGGGAGCACCCACUGGCUCUGAUCCCCACUCCAGUGAUUUGCAUGGAGUGCCACUGUCUCUGAGAGAGAGUGCUGACCCCCGGACUCUUCCACAGGAAUCCCGGUCUCCUGUGAGCAAUGCUUUAGAUUCCAGGAGGUCUGCGUUUGAGCCUGCUGUCAGCAGCCAGGAAAAGUUAGACUUCAACAGAAACUUGAAAGAGGUUAUGCCAACCAUUGAGAAGUUACUCUCCAGUGACUGGAAAGAAAGACUUCUGGGUAGAAACACCAUGGAAUCCAAAGAGGUGAAAGGAACCCAGGAAAGCUUAGCGGAGAAGGAGCUUCAGUUGCUUGUCAUGAUCAACCAGCUCUCCACCUUGCGGGACCAGCUUCUGACGGCUCAUUCGGAGCAGAAGAACAUGGCAGCCAUGCUGUUUGAGAAGCAGCAGCAGCAGAUGGAGCUGGCUCGGCAGCAGCAGGAGCAGAUUACCAAGCAGCAGCAGCAGCUCAUUCAGCAGCAGCACAAGAUUAACCUGCUGCAGCAACAGAUCCAGCAGGUCAAUAUGCCCUAUGUCAUGAUUCCAGCCUUUCCUCCCAGCCACCAGCCUCUCCCUGUGACCCCAGACUCCCAGCUAGCGCUUCCCAUCCAACCCAUCCCUUGCAAACCAGUGGAGUACCCCAUGCAGCUUCUGCACAGCCCUGCCCCUCCGACGCUGAAGAGACCCGCCGGCUCAGGCCACCUCCAGAUGCAGGAGUCUUCACAGCCACUGAACCUAACGGCCAAACCCAAAAACUCUGAGCUCUCCAGUGCCUCCAGCUCACCCAGCCUGAAGAUGAGCAGCUGCCGAUCCCUCACUCCUAACCACGGGGUCACGAGAGACCUUCAGUCCAGCCCUCCCACUCUGCCUCUGGGAUUUCUGGGAGAGGGGGACGCCAUCACUAAAGCGCUCCAGGAUGCACGGCAGCUCCUGCACUGCCACAGUGGGGCGACGGAGAGCUCUCUCAAUAAUCCCUACCGGAAGGACCAAAUGGGCUUGGAUUCCUCACCCACAAAGGAGCGGAUGGAGGAGACAUGCAUGCACAGACUGGACGAGUCCAUGUUAACCUGCGAUAUGGAUGGAUCACGACACUUCCCCGAGUCCAGGAAUAACAACCACAUAAAGCGGCCCAUGAAUGCUUUCAUGGUGUGGGCCAAGGACGAGAGGCGGAAGAUUUUGCAGGCCUUCCCGGAUAUGCACAACUCCAGUAUCAGCAAGAUCCUGGGGUCCCGGUGGAAAUCGAUGACGAACCAAGAGAAGCAGCCCUAUUACGAGGAGCAGGCGCGGCUGAGCCGGCAGCACCUGGAGAAGUAUCCUGACUACAAAUACAAGCCGCGGCCAAAGCGCACCUGCAUCGUGGAGGGGAAGCGGCUGCGCGUGGGCGAGUACAAGGCACUGAUGAGGAACAGACGGCAAGACACCAGGCAGAGCUACUUGAUAGCGCCCCAGAGCAGUCAGAUGCAAGCCUCUUCAUCAGAUGUCCUGUACCAGAGGCCAAUGGGCAUGCAGCUGGCUCCACCACUAGUGGAGCACUACCUGCCCCGCAGCAUGGACCCCAACAUGCCCGUCAUCGUCAACACACGCAGCCUCAAGUCGCAAGAGGGUGACGGUGGGGAGGACGGGCACUCGGUGGCGGAUGGCGAGAUGUACCGGUACAGUGAGGACGAGGACUCCGAGGGCGAGGACAAGAGCGAUGGGGAGCUGGUGGUGCUCACAGACUGAGCAGACUGCGGGGGCAGGGUGGGGCGCGCAUGUGUGAAGUGGGGAGCAGAAGCAGAUUUUGCAGCAUUCCCCCAUGUGGGGCUGGAACUGAAGACCUGACUGAAUGGGGAGGAGGUGGGAAUAGGGGCUUAGGGAGAACUGCCAUCACAGCAUGGCUCCCUGAUCUAGGAAGUGACUAGACUCAGGGGGUCGCUGGCGAACCCCUCUGCAUGCAGAGCUCUUUGCAGCAGGGCCGCCCUGCCCCCCCCCCGAAUGGCCUGGCAUGCAGGGCUGUGCUGGAUGGCUAUACUGGUGUGCAGGGGACAAUGGGAAGUGUGCGUGCCAACGCACAUGGCAUGGGAGCAGCCCCUGGCUCACUCACACGCCCAGAAGGAAGAGGUGCCGGCUCCACUGUGCAGUGCAUCUA